AUGAACAUGCCAGCUUCGCAAGUCACGCCUCAGACUCCGUGGAAGGAUUUUGCAGCGAUCAAGGACAAUGGCUGGAACUUCGCUCGAGACGAGUUUGAAGACCAGGCUGAUUUUGAUCAGAAAAACAACUACUGCCUCGCCUUCGAAGAUCUCGGGAUCAGCUCGAACUACCAGAACUUCAUUCCAGUCGACAACUACCACAAGAAGACUCGAGGCAGCUACAGGAACAUGUUCAACCUUGUCGACGGCGUAAUCACGGGGGAGGACAAUCAUUCGCCAGACUACCAUAUUCAACGGUCCAAGAAGGAGAAGCAAGCACCACCACUUAAGCAAUGGUCCGAUCUUGUGUUCAUCGACUACCAGGAGCUGCAGCAUCAGACUAGACAGACUGGCGAGAAGAUUGAGCAUUUCAUUCGGAAUAGCAUCGAGAAUAAGGAGACACUGGAUGUGAUCAGAGCAGCACGGAAUGAUGGGCUUCCUAAUGGGCCAGAGCAGAAUCCCCCUGAGUUAAGCUGGGAGUGGAACAUUGCCGAGAAGGGAGCUCAUGCCAUCAUGGGUACGGCGAACGGUGCCGGUGUGGCAUACUUCCUUGCACAGCACAAGGACGCCUUUGGCAUAAGGAGCGUGGAUCGGAUUCAUGCUUUCAACUGUCACGAUCGAGGAGAUGAAAAGUUCUACAUGUGCUUGUACUUCCAUGUUGCGGAGGGACCGUUGCAUUUUGAGGGAGAGUGGUAG